UGUCAUUUAAAGGAUGUUUUGGUCCUUUGAAGUCGUUUUAUCAGUCGGACGGGGAAAGCGAAGGCUCACUACUGCUUUAGUCAAAAUGGCCACAAAAAUCAUUUAUUUCACGGUGAACGGGAGACCGGAACAGGCAGAGUUUCCUGUGGACUGCCCAGCUCAGGAUGUCAAAGGUAGAUCUGUUCCGGGCAGCAGCUGAAGCAGGCCCCCAUGACAUUCUGAAGCUGUACAAUACCAAGGGGAGCAUCAUCAACAUCUCCCCCCAGCUGGAGCCCAACAGCCCCCAUGCCUGCUACAAGCUAGAGGUGGUGGCUACGGACUGUAACAGAAAGCCUUUGGGUGGAGAACUUGCAGUUGCUUUAGGAUUUGAUCUUUCCUCCAUGGAGAAAAGCUCCCUGGAAGUCACAGAGGAGGUGAGACAAUAUCUCAAAACUCCCACCUUUGACAACUGGCAGUGGGAGGACACCGAGAUCAUGGUGCUGCUCCAGGUGAUGUACACGGACCUGGACUUCAUAUCCACCUUCAACAUCGAAGUGGAGGUCCUCCAGCAGUUCCUGUAUGAGGUCUACCGCCGCUACAACAACAUCCCCUUCCACAACUUCAAGCACUGCUUCUGCGUCACCCAGAUGAUGUAUGGACUCAUCUGGCUCACAGACCUGAGGACUAAGAUGGAAAGCAUUGACCUCUUGAUCAUGUUGACCUCGGCAGUCUGUCAUGACCUGGACCAUACCGGCUACAACAAUGCCUACCAGAUUAAUGCACGUACAGAGCUGGCCUUGCGGUACAAUGACAUUUCUCCCCUGGAGAACCACCACUGUGCCGUGGCCUUUGAGAUCCUAGAAAAGAAAGAAAGCAACAUUUUUAGAAACCUGACAACUGAACAGUAUAAAAGGAUAAGAGAGGGCAUGAUAAAGUGCAUCCUUGCCACAGACAUGACGAGGCACAACGAGAUCCUGAACAAGUUCAAAUCCAUUUUGCCCUCGUUCGAUUUCAGCAACAAGGACCACAAAGACGUGCUGAUGAUGAUCAUGAUCAAAGUGAGUGACAUCUCCAAUGAGGCUCGGCCCAUGGAUGUGGCGGAACCCUGGCUGGACUGUCUGCUGCAGGAGUUCUUCAAUCAGAGCGACAUGGAGAAGCUGGAAGGCCUGCCCGUGACCCCGUUCAUGGACCGGGACAAGGUGACCAAGCCCUCUUCCCAGACCGGCUUCAUUCGCUUCGUCCUCUUCCCCCUCUUCAUCGAGCUGGCCAACCUGUUCCCCUGUCUGGAGCAACACAUCAUCGACCCCGUGCGCAAGGCCCUAGACUACUACACCGAGAUGGAGAAAGCCCUGGACAAGGAGAAGCAGACCUGAGACCAACGUGCCACUGUGAGCCAAAGAGGUGGGGGCCCAAUGCCCGAACAGAGCAGCAGCCUCCAGCCAAUCAGAAGCUCCCAAAACAAUGUGGUCUUCAAACCUUCUCAGAAACCAAUCAAAUAUGCUGUCAAUGGAUGUCGGACAUAUAUGCGCCUUUGUUAUAUGAAUAUGAAACUUGGAGAGAAGUUGUACUUAAAACUUUCAGUCUUAAUAUUUUAUAAAUGUGUUUAUUUAACCGUUAUUUAACCAGGUAAAAGUAACUGAGAACAAAUUAUCAUGUGACAUGCUUGUGUUUUUAUAGAAAUUAUCUAAUAAAUUGUAGAAAUCCUUUUAAAGAAACACAUGGCAAGAAACAAUUAAAUUUCUUAAAGUAUAUUCACAUUA